AUGGCCUCGCCUCCUCGCGUGCUGCAGCCCGUCCCGACCCGGUCGCCAGAGAAGGAGGCCAGCAGCGUCGACCUCCACCACCCGCUGCCCGACCUGCAAUCGCUGCAGGGCGCCUAUGUCGGCAACAUCAGUCGCCUGGAGGAGCACGCAGAACGCAUGAGCGAGGCGGGCUCCGACUUGAACGAGGAGAUUCGCAGGCUGCAUACAGAACUGAAGCAGUCCGACUCGCGACGGUCCUCGCUGCGCUCUCUUGGCUUCCCCGCCGAGGAGCCUGCACGCAUGUACGCGGGUCGCAGCCGCAAUGUGUCGACGAGCUCGCACGCCCACUCGGCCAUCGACACGAAUGGCCCCGCUCGCUGGGGCGGCUACUCGCCCGGAGGCUACGUAACUUCGCCCGCGGGCUCCCUCCGCUCGGGCUCGUGGUCGAAUCCGCCGGCCUCGCUGCAGAGGCACCGCUCCGGCAGCAAGGCUUCGCGACUCGGCCAGGUCGUGCACCCAGAGCAGGUGCACGAGGAAACGGAGGACGCCGGAGACUACCCCGGUUCGCCCGAUUCAAUCAUGGCUCCGCCCCUCGAGCACCACCAGCAGGGCUCGCCGCCUCCGCCCGGCCAGCGUCAGGUCUCCUCCUUCACCCGCAAGUAUGAAGAAAUCGCAAACGAGAUCCGGGACGAGAUGCGGAACAGCGUCAACCUCGAGCGGCCGCCCACCAUGGACCACUACCAUGACCAAGACAACGAUCGCUACGCCGACGGCCACCAUGAGCCGUACCCCCAUCACGAGCUUCCCGACCGCCCGCCCACCGCAGCCUCGACCGACACCACACACCAAGCGCGUACACUGUGGCACGACUUCGACGGCACACACGCCCCACACACUGUUCCCGAGGAGGAGGAGGAGGAGGAGCAGCAGCAGCAGCCGGAGCCGGAGCCGGAGCCGGCGCCGGAGCCUUCGCAUGGCAGUCACAGUCGGAAAUCGUCCUCCCUGAUGAGGUCCGCCCCAGACAUGCCGCCACAAGGCGCGCCGCCGCCAGAAGAGGGCAUGGUGUUCUACCCGGCGCCAGUGCCUCGAAUGCUGAAUCUACCGAAGCGCCUGUCCCAACUGCCUGCCGGGGACGUGGCUGCACGACGUCGUACUCAGGUGCUGGAUCAGAUGCAGGCCGCAAACAGGAAGUCUGCCCCUUGGCUCGGCGGAACAGAGCCCGCGAGUCCCAACAGGAAGAGUCGGAAAAGUUUCGCCGGCCUGCCUGCGCAGCUGAGAGCCAGCGCCUUCUUCGACCAGCAAGGCCCGUCGCAGGAGUUUGAGGUCAAGGGCGAGUCCGCUGAGGAUACCCUCGACAGCAUUCUCGAAGCCUCCGCGCGCGCACCUGUCUCUGCCUUCACCGAUCAUCCCUUUACCGGCCGUGUUGGCAACGAAGUCUACAGCCCAGAACACAAACGCAAGAGCACCAAGUUGUCCCUCGUUGAGCCGGUCGUAGUGGAACCAACCAAGAGGCGGAGCUCGUUCAACAUACUCGACACGAACACCAACUCCACUGGUGGCAAGCUGAACAAGCUCAAGAAGCGCAACAGCUCCGCAGAUAUGAACAUCCUGGUCGCUAGAGCCGCUGAGAGCCGUAUGAGCUUGGGCGCGGAGCUGGAUGAGCGCGAUGAACACGCACGAGGACCAAACGACCUCGAGACAGCACCGCGGCGCAACUCCUCUGGAGAUGGUCGUGGCCGCAACCCGGAUGCCGAGUUCGAAGAGCAAGCCUUGAACGACGACGACGACGACGACGACGACGAGGAGAAGGAGGAGGAAGAGGAGAAACAAUUCUUCGGCGCACCAACCACUCUGCUUGCUGAGCUCCAGCUGCGCAAGGCAAAACAGAAGGAGCGUAACAUAAACUACGUUACAAUGGUCGAGGAAGGUCGGAUGACCUCGCAUCGAACGCUGCUCGAUCUCAACGACGACGCUGAGCGGGAGAAGCAAAGGCGUCUCAAGAAAAAAGUGCAACUUGCCUGGGAGGCUCAAGAGGAGGAGGAGGACGACUCGGACGACGACAUUCCUCUUGGCGUGCUGUACAAACAACCUCAGAGGAACGACUGGGACCUCAUCACACCCCAUCCCGAGUCUGAAGAAGAAGAAGAGCACGUAGGCGAAACCCUGGGCGAACGCAUGCGCCGUCUGAAAGACAAGCAGAUGCUAGAAGCCGCCCUGGGCGACGACGUCCGCAAGUCCACCGUCAGCGGUGACUUUGCCGCCGAAAUGCUCUCCAAGCUCGGCGUUGACGACUCUCCAAAAGCACUCAAGGACGCACCCUCCGCCUCCCCCGCCCUAGAAGACGGCGAAGAAGAAACCCUCGGCCAGCGCCGCGCCCGCCUCAAGGCCGAAGCAGAGGCUCGCGGCGACAUCCUCCACCCCGGCGAACGCCCAGCUCUCAAGUCAAAAAUGAGCUUAGCCGACGUUCUAUCCGCGAACCCCUACGACGACCACCACCAAGCACGCAAAGUCUCCAACGAGCAACUGAUGUCGCACCUGCCCACGGGCUCACUGCUGCACCGAAACGCCGUCGCCGAAGAGAAGCGAAAAGCGCAGCGCCUAACGCAGACCAUGCGUGCCUCCAGCUACGGCAUGACCGGCCCCGACCCCCUCCUGCGCGGCGUCGGAAGCACACAGUCAAAAGACGACGAAGACCAGCCUCUCGCUCUUAAGAUACAGGCGUACAAGGAUAGGAUGGCGGGGGUGGGACGGCAGGAACAGCCGAGGGCGCAGACCAUGAUGUUUACUCCCAUGGGCAUGAAUCCUACGCUGAACGUGCCGCAACAAUCGACGCCGAUGAUGGGCAUGAACGGCGUGCAGAGCAUGAACAUGGUAGGCCAGCCCAACAUGAUGCUCCCCCAACAGCAAAUGCUACCCAUGCAAACCCCGAUGAUGGGCAUGAACAACAUGGGCAUGAUGGGCCAGAUGUCGCUCCAACAACCCGCCAUGCACCCCGGCAUGGGGAACCGCCAGAGCUCCAUGCCCAUGCAGAUGAGCAUGAUGCAGGGCGGGCCGCAGAUGAACGUCAUGGGCGGGAUGCCGAUGAUGCAACCCAUGAACGGGAUGGGCAUGCAGGGGAUGCAGAUGGGCGGCGGCAUGAUGGGCGGCGAUAUGAUGAUGCAGCCGAUGAACACGCAGCAGAGGAGUAAUAUUGAGGGCUGGAUGAGGGGGAUUAGGUAGUGGUUGGAGUGGAGGGC